CCGUUGCUCUAGUAGAUGACUAAGUUAUAUUCCUUCGCAGUGGAAGCCACCUACGCGGUUCCUGAGCACAAGCAACGCGAGAGUCUCAUAGAGAGGCGUCGCAGAAGCAGCACCCCCGGCACUCGGCUCACAUUGCCUGCGCAGCCCUACAAUGAUCAGUGGCAGCAGGAACGUGAAACGUGGGUAGACAACUCAAACAACAUCCGAAACUGGGCCGAGAACUCCCAAAAAUGGGACGACAACGCCCAAAAAUGGGAAGAAAACGGCCAAAAAUGGGAGCAAAACGGUCAAAAGUGGGAGCAGAACGGUCAAAAGUGGGAGCAGAACGGUCAGAAAUGGGAGCAAAACGGGCAGAAGUGGGAAAACGGGAACGGUUGGGAGAACGGGGAGAGAUGGAAUGGGAAUUGGGGGGAGGUGCCCACGCCCACUGUACAUGUGGAUAUGAAUGCGGCUUAUUGGAGAGGGAAUGCUAGUGUCGCGGAUAGCAGCGAUAAUGGAGGUUUCCCAGAAGAUGGCAUGCUUCACUCACCCACGACGGCAGCUUUAGGAGGGCUGCCGCCACACGCUCAAUCACCCUCCACCAGUCGAAUGAGGCCACACUCACCUUCCAACUCAACAGGUCGAAUGAGAAGCCAGUCUCCCAGCAAUGCCAGCGCGUCAGAACGCCUUUUAGGCACCACUCCAACGGCAAGGUUACACAGCCGCUCGCCUUCCAAUAACUCACCAUCUAGAAGCAAAGACAGCAUGAGAAUGCGAGAGAAUUCCCCACCUCGACAUAUGCACUCGCCCGUGUCUCGAAGAUCACCAUCUUGUUACGAUAACGACUCUUUAGCGCAGCAAAAUGCAGUUUACGUUGGAAACUACCCGCAGGUGGAGGCAGGCGGAGCAGCGGACCCCGAGGCGGACGUGCUAGUUCGUUUAGCUCGCGGCGCGGCCGGCUUCGGCUUCCGCAUCGUCGGAGGCACUGAGGACGGUAGCCGAGUGGCUGUCGGAUACGUUGUACCGGGUGGCCCAGCGGACGGUCUGCUCCGGCCAGGAGACUUGCUGACGUCGGCAGACGGUGUGUCGCUGACGGGCGCCACGCAUGCGCGAGCUGUGGCUUAUGUGUGCCAGGCCGCCGCUAGAGGACACGUAACGUUAGGUGUGCGACAUAACAGAGCGGACAUACAAUCUCUGGGGUUACCCACAUUGCCAACUCAACACCAACCCUUACUUACGUCUGACCCGGCAAUGCAUGCACACCUGCAGCCCUCCUACAACAUAUUGCACCCCGCGCCACUGUACCCACCAGCGCCGCAGCCCCAGCCCGGACCCAUGUAUGGAGUGCAAUACGACACAGCGACAGGCGGAUGGUCUUCAGUGCCAUAUGACGUCACAGUCACAAGAAAUGAAGGCGAAGGCUUCGGAUUUGUCGUUAUUUCCUCCACCAAUAAAGCUACUAGCACUAUUGGUCAACUGAUCCCGAACUCGCCAGCGGCCCGCUGCGGCCUGCUACACGUAGGUGACACCAUCGUGGCCAUCAACCACACGCCUGUGAGAAACCUGCCUCAUCCCGAAGUUGUCGCACUGAUCAAACACUCUCAUCGAGCGGUAACACUCACUGUUUUACCACCACAGCACACGCCGCCUUAAAUGUACAAUUUUGG